AUGGAGGGUGGAGUCGGGUUGACGACGGCGCAGCCACAGGCCCAGCCGCCUCCGGUGGCCGAGAAGCUGAAUCAGCAAGUGGUGAAUCAAUUGAAUCUGGAAUCGGUGAAGACACGAGCCAUUAGCUUAUUCAAGGCCGUUACUCGGAUCCUUGAAGAUUUCGACGCUUAUGGUCGAACCAACACUACUCCUAAAUGGCAAGAUAUUCUUGGGCAGUAUUCGAUGGUGAAUCUCGAGCUCUUCAACAUUAUGGAAGAGGUGAAGAAAGUCUCCAAUGCGUUUGUUGUGCUUCCCAAGAACGUCAAUGCAGAGAAUGCUGCAAUUUUACCGGUUAUGUUGUCUUCCAAGUUGCUGCCGGAGAUGGAAACUGAUGACAACAUUAAGAGAGAGCAGUUGCUUCAAGGCGUUCAGAAUUUGCCAAUACCAAUGCAAAUUGAGAGAUUAAAGGCGAGAAUGGACAUGAUUGCAGCAGCUUGUGAAAAUGCAGAGAAAGUGUUAGCUGAUACGCGUAAAGCCUAUGGAUUCGGCACUCGUCAAGGCCCAUCUAUGCUUCCUACCAUGGACAAAGGUCAAGUUGCAAAGACAAAGGAGCAGGAUGGGAUGCUACGUGCAGCUUUUAAUGACGGCACAGGAACAAGACUGCCUCCAGACCAGAGGCAGUUGUUAAACACUGCACUUCCACCACAUCUGGCAGAUGUGCUAAUCGUUAACGACGCAGGCAAGAAUGCAUUACCUAUGCCAUCAAACAACAUCAACAGUCAAGGAAAUCUCUUGCAGGCUUCUGGAACACAAUUUAUGGGAAGAUCAGCUGCAUCUCCAUCUGGUGGUAACUUUGAUAACACGAGAUCUCCCUUGCAGUAUUCCAAUUCUCCUCAAUCCACGGGUAUGGUUAAUGCGCCUUCGCCUCAGCAACAACAGCUUCAACAACAGCAGCAAAGAGCAAAACUAAUGCAAUUGCCUCAGCAUCAACAGCAACUACUUGCACAACAACAACAACAACAGCUCAGGCAGUCGUCUAUGCAAGGACUGGGUCAGAAUCAGAUAUCAGCACUUCAAGAUUUGCAUGGCCAAGGGCAGCAGAAGUUUCAGGCGUCACAUGGGCAACAUCAAAUGUCAUAUUCUCAGCCAAUGGCACACCAGCAAUUCCAAGCUAGACAGCUCGCAGGUGGACAUAUGCAGCAUAGCAUGUCCCAAGGCCAGCUUAACCCGGCGAUGAACCGUCACUUAAACCAGUUUUCAGGUGGAGCCAAUAGUGCAUUGUUUACCUCUGCUCAAGGCUCCCCAAGUAGCCAGAUGAUACCAAACAUGUCAUCUAUGCAAUCUCAGACACUUGUUCCUCGAAUGCAGCAGCAGUUUGGAGUUUCGGGUACAAAUCCUCAAAGAAGCCAUUCUUCUCAAAUGUUGGGUGACCAGAUGUUUAACAGCAGCGGAAUGAUGCAAACGCAGCAAACGCAACUGCAGCAACCGCAACUGCAGCAGCAGCAACAACAACAGCAAGGAGGGUAUGGAAAUAUGCAGACAAAUCAGCAGACUCUACAGCCUAACAUGUUGCAGAAUAAUACACAACAAAGACACCAAAACCCUCAAUAG